AUGUUUACAAAUUUAACUUAUUUUCAUGUUGGUUUAAAGGACAUUUGCCACUAUCCACCAACAUCAUUUAUUGAUUUUCUAUCUCCAACAUGUUAUCCAUCAAAUCUUAUUCAUUUGAAUGUUGGAGUGCGCAAUUUAAACGAUUGUCUUUGUUUACUUGAUGGACGUCUUUGUCAAUUACAAACAUUUAUUGUUGAAAUUGAUUACAUUUGUAAUGCAUCAAUAAUUAUCAAUAAUACGGGAAAAUAUUUAAAAUUAAAGGAAAAAUAA